AUGACCGCGUCGAUGACGCAUGCGAUACCAUCGCGCGCGGCGGGGCGACCCUCGCGCCCGUCGCGCGCGCGUGGCGGCGGCGGCGGCGCCGCGCGUUCGUUAAGCCGAAAACGAACUCGCCAGCGCGCCGCCGCGGACGACGACGCGUACAACGCCGCGAUGAAGGCGUACAGCGCGACGCCGUAUGAGUACAAGCAUGAACUCGGUUUAUACUAUCACAGAAUACGCCCGAAUCUCAUCGUCGGCACGCAACCGACGACGGCGGCGGAUAUCGAUCGACUUCGCGACGUCGAGGGCGUGACGUGCGUGUUCAACACGCAACAGGACAAGGAUAUGGAGUACUGGAAGGUGGAUUUCGCGUCCGUGAAGCGGCAGAUCGAGAAACGAGGUAUGAAACUGGAGCGAUACCCGUUCGUGGACUUUUCGGCGGACUCGUUGCGGGAGGGUUUGCCGGCGGCGGCGGCGGCGCUGGACGCAGCGGCGAGACGCGGGGAGACGGUGUAUUUGCACUGCACGGCUGGCAUGGGACGGUCACCGGGACUAGCGAUCGCGUACAUGUACUGGUUUUUAGAUGCACACGACAGCCUGGAUGGCGCGUACGAGGCGUUGACGUCGAUCCGGCCCUGCGGACCUAAGAAGGAGUCAAUUCGAGCGGCGACGUGCGACAUACUUGCGGCGCACUCGGAUGAGUGGCCGAUCAAACUUUUGGAACGAGAACUGAACGAAUACGAAGGCGCUCGAUUGAGCUUUGGGGCUAAACGAAUGAUUCGUCGGAAGUUGCGGCGAUAA